UUUGGUGCAUGAGUUAGAUGUAUCAAUUGAAGCAAUGUCUAGGUCCUACAACGAUAUAUGAGCAAAUUAGAGGGUGGAAAACACUUUGAAUACUUUCACGGUUACAUUUGAGUUGCAUCGUUAUUUGAAGCAAAUGGCCAGCUUUGUAAUCUCGGUGUUUGUUUUCUGCCUAUUAGCAACUUCAUUAUCCGAAGCUCUUAAUUUUAAGCUUUAUUCCACAAAGGAGCAACAAAAUUGGAUAAACCAUGGUGGAGACAUAUACAAUAGAAGAUAUGCCAACAAAGAACACAAAAUCAGCCGUGAAACCGUUUCAAGCUUAAGCCUAAAAUGGAAAUUCUACGCAGGAAAAGACAUAACUGCAACCCCAUCAAUCUUUGAUGGAAUUCUCUAUUUCCCAUCAUGGAAUGGUGAAAUCUUUGCAGUAAGAGCAAGUGAUGGAAGCCUUGUUUGGAAGCAAAACUUGCAAGAACUGACAGGGUUAACACCAACAGGGUUGGUUGGUGGUGUUAAUUGGACAGUGGCUAGGGCAACACCAACUAUAGCUGAUGAAUUUGUGAUUGUUGGAAUCUAUGGUCCUGCUGUGGUUAUUGCUCUCAAGAGAUUAACUGGAGAGUUAGUUUGGCAGACAAGGUUGGAUAGUCAUGAUUCAAGUACUUUGACCAUGUCCGGAACUUACUAUAAAGGGGCUUUUUAUGUAGGUACAUCUUCACUGGAAGAACUCACAAGCAUUGAACAAUGUUGCAUUUUCCGGGGAAGCUUUUCAAAAUUAGAUAUUCACACCGGUGCCAUCUUGUGGCAAACCUACAUGCUGCCGGAUAACCAUGGAAAACUAGGAGAGUACGCCGGAGCCGCCGUGUGGGGAAGUAGUCCUUCCAUUGACGAGGCAAGGAACCAUGUUUACAUUGCCACCGGAAACUUGUACUCGGCGCCUUUGCGCGUUGAACAGUGUCAAGAGAAACAGAACAACCUAACUACGACACGGCCAACACACCCGGACGAGUGUGUUGAAGAGGAGAAUCACUCGAAUUCGAUUCUUGCUUUGGGUUUGGACAAUGGUGAUAUCAAGUGGUAUCAUCAAUUGGGAGGGUAUGAUGUAUGGUUCCUUGCGUGCAAUAAUUUAUCUUCAUCUCCUAAUUGUCCACCAGGUCCUAAUCCAGAUGCUGAUUUUUCUGAGGCACCAUUGAUGAUCACCAUUCAUGUAAAGGGAAGAAAGGAAGAUAUUGUUGUUGCUGUGCAAAAGAGUGGUUUUGCUUGGGCUUUGCACCGGGACAACGGCACCAUCAUUUGGUCAACGGUAACAAAUUUAAAAUUAACAUUUUUAUAGAAAAAAAAAUUCUUG